GCGCAGCACAGGAGGAAGCGGGGCACGGAGAGAAGCGGUGCUUAGCUGACAGUGCUGCCCCCAUAGAGAGAAGCGGUGCCUAGCUGACAGUGCUGCCCCCAUAGAGAGAAGCGGUGCCUAGCUGACAGUGCUGCCCCUAUAGAGAGAAGCGGUGCCUAGCUGACAGUGCUGCCCCGUAUAGAGAGAAGCGGUGUCUAGCUGACAAUGCUGCCCCCAUAGAGAGAAGCGGUGCCUAGCUGACAGUGCUGCCCCCAUAGAGAGAAGCGGUGCCUAGCUGACAGUGCUGCCCCCAUAGAGAAGCAGUGCAUAGCUGAAAGGGCUGCCCCCAUAGAGAGAAGCGGUGCCUAGCUGACAGUGCUGCCCCCAUAGAGAGAAGCGGUGCCUAGCUGACAGUGCUGCCCCCAUAGAGAGAAGCGGUGCCUAGCUGAUAGUGUUACCCCCUAUAGAGAGAAGCGGUGCCUAGCUGAUAGUGCUGCCCCCAUAGAGAGAAGCGGUGCCUAGCUGAUAGUGUUACCCCCUAUAGAGAGAAGCGGUGCCUAGCUGACAGUGCUGCCCCGUAUAGAGAGAAGCGGUGCCUAGCUGACAGUGCUGCCCCCAUAGAGAGAAGCGGUGCCUAGCUGACAGUGCUGCCCCCAUAGAGAGAAGCGGUGCCUAGCUGAUAGUGUUACCCCCUAUAGAGAGAAGUGGUGCCUAGCUGAUAGUGUUACCCCCUAUAGAGAGAAGUGGUGCCUAGCUGACAGUGCUGCCCCCAUAGAAAGAAGCGGUGCCUAGCUGAUAGUGUUACCCCCUAUAGAGAGAAGCGGUGCCUAGCUGACAGUGCUGCCCCGUAUAGAGAGAAGCGGUGCCUAGCUGACAGUGCUGCCCCGUAUAGAGAGAAGUGGUGCUCAGCUGUCAGUGCUGCCCCCUAUAGAAAGAAGUGGUGCUCAGCUGAUAGUGCUGCUCCCUAUAGAGAGAAGCGGUGCCUAGCUGACAGUGCUGCCCCGUAUAGAGAGAAGUGGUGCUCAGCUGUCAGUGCUGCCCCCUAUAGAGAGAAGCGGUGCUCAGCUGAUAGUGCUGCUCCCUAUAGAGAGAAGUGGUGCCUAGCUGAUAGUGCUGCUCCCUAUAGAAAGAAGCAGUGCCUACCUUUCAGUGCUGCCCCUAUAGAGAGAAGCGGUGCUCAGCUGUCAGUGCUGCCCCCUGUGGUGAUGUGAGUGAUCAGGAGUCUGCAGAGCAUUGCGCCCUACAUACAGACCGGCAUCAACCCGUCUGCUGACUCACCCAGGCUCCGAACCUUCUCAUCCGCCACCAAGCUUGGAAUGAACAACCCCAUCCCUUCCAACCUGAAGUCCGAAGCCAAAAAAGCCGCAAAAAUCCUACGAGAAUUCACCGAAAUCAGUUCUAGAUCUGGACCAGAUAAGAUCAUUCCAGCUCAUGUUAUUGCCAAAGCACAAGGCCUUGCUGUUUUAUCGGUUAUAAAAGCAGGCUUUUUGGUGACGGCUCGAGGAGGAAGUGGUAUAGUGUUGGCUCGCCUUCCAGAUGGAAGAUGGUCGGCUCCAUCUGCCAUUGGUAUAGCCGGACUCGGUGGUGGAUUUGAAAUCGGAAUUGAAGUGUCUGACUUGGUUAUUAUCAUGAACCACAAAAGGGCGGUGGAAGCUUUUGCCAAAGGUGGGAACCUAACUCUGGGAGGAAACUUUACGGUGGCUAUCGGACCUCUUGGCAGAAAUCUGGAGGGAGAUGUUGCGAUAAGAAGCUCCGCGGCCGUCUACACCUACUGCAAGUCACGGGGAUUGUUUGCUGGAAUAUCAUUAGAAGGGUCCGGCUUGAUAGAGAGGAAAGAAACUAAUCGCAAAUUUUAUUGUCAAGAGGACAUCCGGGCCUAUGAGAUCCUGUUUGGUGAAAUCCCCCGCCCCGCCUUGGCCGAAGAACUUUAUGACAUUCUUGAUUCUUUUACUGAAAAAUAUGAAAUUGAAGAACAGAGUAUUAGUAGGAGAAAGACUGUCAGAGAACAAAGAAAGAAAGAGAUGGUAGUGAAAUCGAAUAGACUGCAGUCUCACCGGACCGGAAAUGGCACAGAAGCUUCAAGACCUACACAAAGAAGUUACCCCGACCUCUCUAGUUUUAAUAUGAAUGAACGGGGAUCGAGGGGAGACUACGUCACUGCCACUGCCAUCUAUCCAUUUGAUGCUUUACAGCCGGGAGACCUGUCAUUCCAAGCUGGCGAUAAGAUCAUGGUCACCACAAAGACUGACUCUCAAUACGAUUGGUGGGAGGGGAAACUAAAAGGGGAACUAGGUAUUUUUCCUGCUAAUUAUGUUAUGAUAUAGCUUAGAAUAAUAAUUUAUCACAAGGUGCCAAAAUGUUACAAAUUAUAAAUGGUUACUAUAAUAAAUAUAUUUAUGUUGCCAACUGUUAUGUAUGGACAUGUAUAUUGGGAGAUUAUCACAAAUAAGUUAUUCUGAAAAAUAAAUAGUUUA